AUGGAGAUGGACAAACGGAUUCAUUUAGAGCUGCGGAACAGGACGCCCUCUGAUGUGAAAGAGCUUGUGCUGGACAACUGUCGGUCUUAUGAAGGCAAAAUCGAAGGCCUCACAGAUGAAUUUGAAGAACUGGAGUUCUUAAGUACAAUCAACGUAGGCCUCACCUCAGUCGCAAACUUACCAAAGUUAAACAAACUUAAAAAGCUCGAACUAAGCGAUAACAGAAUCUCAGGGGGCCUUGAAGUAUUGGCAGAAAAAUGUCCGAACCUCAAGCAUCUAAACUUAAGUGGCAACAAAAUUAGAGACCUCAGCACAAUAGAGCCUCUGAAAAAGUUAGAAAACCUCAAGAGCUUAGACCUUUUCAAUUGCGAGGUAACCAACCUGAACGACUACCGAGAAAACGUGUUCAAGCUCCUCCCACAACUUACAUAUCUCGAUGGCUACGACCGGGACGACAAGGAGGCCCCCGAUUCUGACGCCGAGGGCUACGUAGAGGGCCUGGACGACGAGGAGGAGGAGGAUGAGGACGAGGAAGAGUAUGAUGAGGAUGCUCAUCUAGUGGAAGAUGAAGAGGAUGAGGAAGAGGAGGAGGAAGGUGAAGAGGAGGACGUGAGUGGAGAGGAAGAGGAGGAUGAAGAAGAUUAUAACGACUGGGAAGUAGACGACGAGGAAGAUGAGGAAGAGGCCGGUGGUGAAGAAGAAAAGGGUCAGGGUCAGAAGCGAAAACGAGAACCUGAAGAUGAGGGAGAAGAAGAUGACUAA